AUGCCACAACCAACUCAACCAGGAAUACCCUCCAAAAGCUGCCUAAGGAAGCCGAAGCGGUCGUUCUUCCGAGUCGAGAAGAAACGCGUCCGAUUCAAUGGCGAAGACCAAGUGCGCAUCUUCCAGCGCCGCGGCGAUGAACUAAUAGCUCCCCCAAGGAACCCCAGCGCAUUCAAGAACGGCGCAGGCUUUGAAGACGAUGAUGAUAUCGUCAACCUGCACCUCGAGCAAGCUAACAUUCACAAGCGUCUGUCUAAAGACAAGGCUAUCAUGGAUAGAUACUUUCUCACCAGAUUGCUCACCCCCGGCACUAAACUCUGCCGUUUGCUGCAGGAAACGCUCUUCCAACGACGGAAGAAGACGAAUGCUUACAUGUACAGACAGAAUGCUAGACUCACUCGAAAACGUCGAGGUAACGUACGAGGAAAAUACCGUGUCAAAAAGCUUCAUUGGGAGUUUGCUCAGAGGGUCAAGAGCCGCCUUCAGCAUGGGGGCCAGUAUAUUGUCUCGCUAGUCCAGCGUGGCUGGAAGCUCAACACUAGAUACCAGGCUAUUUGA